AUGGGGAAGUCCAAGCAAAUAGGAAACCAUAAGAGCGAUAAAAAGAAGAACAUCUCAAAGACAUGGAAGACAAAGCGUAGAACCAAAGACUUGGACCAGAUCCACUCAGACAUGAAGCCAGAGACAGCUGCCAAAUUGAUGCAUCAGGAGGUGGACUACGACACAAACGAGCGCUCUGAAAGAGGCAGAGGACGAGGUCCAUUAUCCGAGAAAGCUUUUUCUGCACGAUACGUUUAA